AUGAAUGCCACAAAGUUUGUUGUGAUUCUCUUCAUUGGAGUUGUGUGUGCCAAUGUUGGCGCAAGGCAGCUCGAAGAAGUCCCCAAAGAGGCCAAAUUAGGCAUCUCUAUUCCCAAAACUGCAACUACCAACGGCGUUGGUACUCAGCUUUACGUUGCUAUCGCUGGUAGGGGCUACGGAGGCGGAAGUAGCUACUCUGAAGCUGAUAACGGUCGUGGCGGUGCCAGGGCCCGUACAUCCGCGGGUGGCUUCGGAAGUGGCGAAGGAUCUAUCGUUGCCAGUGGUAACAACGCAAACGCUUAUUUAGGUAACUAUGGUACCGGUCAAGGCGAUACUAGAGCUGAAGCGGGAGACGGUGGUGCCACCACCGGUGGAAACGGCUUUGGAUAUGGCGACAGCUUUGGGAGUGGAAGCAGCAGCAGCAGCCCUUGA